AAAAGGACCGCUCAAGAUGGUGUCCUGCUUAUAGUGUCUCAUUUGCUAAAGUAGCGCUAUUUGAUCUGGUCCUAGCAUUCUAGUCGAAGAUAGGAGAAUCCCUUUAGGCAGGUUUUGUUAAACGUUACUCCAAACUCACAGAAGACAUGUCAGACAAAGACUCUGCGAGUGAUUCCGAGCCGGAGCUCACUACCACGGGACGCAUUGUCUCAAGUGUCUCCCCGCCGAAGGCAACCCUUCUCAAAAUGGCAGAUGUUUACGACGAAAUAACAGGAAAGCCAAAACACGAAGUCCUCAAGGACCACUUUAGUCAUGAAGGACGUCUCGAGGAAAGUGUAGCACUGAGAAUUAUAAAAGGAGGGACUGAUAUAUUGGAGAAAGAAGAGAACAUGAUAGCUGUAGAUGCACCAGUUACUGUCUGUGGUGACAUUCAUGGACAGUUCUUUGAUCUCAUGAAGCUAUUUGAUGUCGGUGGGUCGCCAGAAACAACUCGCUACCUGUUCCUCGGUGAUUACGUGGAUAGAGGUUACUUCUCAAUUGAGUGUGUGCUCUAUCUCUGGUCACUCAAGAUAAACUUUCCUAAUAUGGUAUUCUUGUUGAGGGGGAAUCACGAGUGCAGACAUCUCACGGAAUAUUUCACUUUUAAAUUAGAAUGUAAAAUAAAGUAUUCAGAGGCUGUAUAUGAAGCAUGCAUGAACUCAUUUGAUUGUCUGCCACUAGCAGCUCUGAUGAAUGGGCAGUUCCUCUGUGUUCAUGGUGGACUCUCUCCUGAAAUAUUCACAUUGGAUGACAUUAAGAAUUUGGAUCGGUUCAAGGAGCCUCCUGCAUUUGGCCCAAUGUGUGAUCUACUCUGGUCCGACCCACUGGAAGACUUUGGCCAAGAAAAGCCAACCCAAGAGGGAUUCAGUCACAACUCAGUCAGAGGCUGCUCAUACUAUUUCAGCUACACGGCUUGCUGUGAGUUCCUUCACAACAAUCACCUUCUCUCCAUCAUAAGAGCUCACGAGGCACAAGACUCAGGAUAUAAAAUGUAUCGUAAAAGUCAGACCACGGGCUUCCCUGCUCUCAUCACGAUAUUCUCUGCUCCUAAUUAUUUGGACGUCUAUGGGAACAAGGCCGCCGUUUUGAAAUAUGAGAAUAACGUUAUGAAUAUUAGACAGUUUAAUGCUGUUGACCAUCCCUACUGGCUACCUAACUUUAUGGACGUGUUUACCUGGUCACUCCCUUUUGUUGGAGAGAAGGUUACUGAAAUGCUUGUCAAUGUUCUUAAUCUGAGAGGCGGCGAAGAAGAUGAUGACAUGGACCUUGAGGAAGAAGAGAGUGGUCCUAUUCCAGAAUCAUCAAGUAUGGCCCUAAGGAAGGAAGUCAUUAAGAACAAGAUAAGAGCUGUUGGCAAGAUGGCAAGAGUAUUCUCAGUUCUCAGGCAAGAGCAUGAAACUGUGUUAGCUCUCAAAGGUCUCACUCCAUCAGGUCAAUUACCAGCUGGUGUCCUCUCACAGGGCAGCGAAGGAGUACAAUCAGCUCUCGAAGAGUUUCAAGUCCUACAUGCUGGUGGCAUGAGAAAACGCGUCAACAGUUUUGAUGAGGCUAGAGCUCUUGAUCGUGUGAAUGAACGCAUGCCCCCGAGACGUGACUCUGUAGUGAGUAUGUCCAGUGAAGUCGCAGAGUCUCCAAUGGCUGUCAAUACCGGCGAUCCAAAGUUCAUGUUUGAUGGCUCACAGCAUGAAGGGAAGUCAAAGUGAUCCUGCCUCCACGCAUUAAAAGAUAUUAGUUAUUGUAAUAGUUACGACCAACACGAAAAGAAAUUAUUUCUGUUGUUUAAUUACUUUUUAACCUUUUUCCUUUUUUGGUAUAGAGAGAGAGACAUGUGCUACUAUUAUUAGUCAUUUGUUAUAAAAAUAAUAAUUAAUAUAAUAAUAAUAAUAAUACUGAUACACACAACCAUGCAUACUAUAAUAAUAAUAAUAUAGUAUAAUUAUUUAUUGUUAAACGAAUGUUUGUUUUGUACAUUUCGUUUAAUGAUGCAAUUUUUGUUUAAAA